AUGGAAAAACACUUCAUAGCGCUUUCCAUUCUCUCUUUGAUUUUUCUGAGUUCAGCAGAAAACUCUUCAAUUCUCACAUUGAAUGUGGAAAAAAACGAAAAUGGAACAAUUUCUCUAUUGAUAAAUUGGGAAAACGCGGAGAAUUUGACGAUUACGGGUUAUAAAAUUUUCUUCGCUCGAGUGCCAGAGUUUCGAAAAGAAGAAGUGGAAUGGUUUUCCGUAGAAUAUCUCUCAUCGAAGCCACAAUGCUUAUAUUUACUUGAUCCAUACAGUUAUCCAUCAAUCGCCUCAUUUUCCGUUGACUCGUUUGCGAUUCAGUUGAAAGCGGUCGGCUUUGUGAAUCAGGCGGCUCAGAAAGUCUCCCCAAUUGUCGUCAUUGGUGCCACAAAUGAGCCACAAACACCUGAUAUUCAUUUGCAAAUCACAAAUCACUCGAUUCUCGAGAAUGGAACGAUUGCCAUGAAUUUUAGCACAAAUUUUCGCCAACCGGAGCAGAUCUCACUCUUUUACAAAGAAACGCUUUUCAAUUCGACGUUUAAAGAAGAAAUUUCUGAGAAUUGGACUUUAAUCAAUUCAUUUUCAAUAAAUGGAAAACAAAUUAUUUUUGAUCUCCCGCCAAGUCGUGUUUAUGAAUUGAAAUUGUUUCUGAAAAAUUUCACCUCAAACAUUGUCACGAUACAGAUUCCAUCACCAGUAGCUGCUCCAAUCGUUCGAAUAGUUGAGGCACCAAUUUUGGAGUUGGAUCCCGACCCGAACAAACCCCUUUCUCUCUCGUGCAGAGCUCACAAUCCACCACCAGCAAAUUUCACAUGGUUUGUGAAUGACGAGCCAGUCCCUGCUGAUCAUUCUUUUUAUGUAGUGCAUACAGUACUUGGUGAAGUUGAUGGAGUGUCCACAAUAUCAGCAAAAGCCAGAAUCCGUUCCGAGAAUGUUUCUUGUAUGACGAUUGGAGCUGAAGGAGGAGUCGGUGUAGCGUCGGCAUUGAUCAAUAUUCGAGGACCUGGCUCUCCGCCAAGCAUGAUCACUCUUGUCGCUGAUGGAAAUGGUUGGUUCAAUGUUCAAUGGCAAGCACCAAUCUAUCCAAAUGGCGAAUUGAAAGGCUUUGUCUUGUACUAUACUCUUGUCAAAGAUCUACCGCUUAGCGAUUGGCGCAAAGUCGACUUCGGUGCAGAGGCUAACACCACAAGGAUCAACGCCGACGGUGGUGACCUCUUCAUUCGUCUUCAAGCCAUCUCAUCAUCGGGUCCUGGACUCAUCUCUGACGCAAUCCCAGCAGCUCAACAAGGAAGGCCAGAAAGAGCACCCGAGAACCCGCGCGUUGCAUUGAACGAGGCCAACAUCGCCAUCCUCACCUGGUCCAAACCUGCAACUCUUAUGCCAAUUGAAAAUUACCAAAUCUUCUAUACAAGAGAUCCCGCUACGGCAAACGCUCAAUACGAAGAAUGGCAUUCAAUUGAAGUGGACGGCAAUGUGACCAGCUAUAAAUUAGAUUCUCAAGCUGGUUUCAAUCCAAAAGCAGUAUAUCGAGUACGAGUGGCGGCGAAGAACUCACACGCAAUUGGGCCAGGAAGCAAGAUUGUUGAAUUUGAAACCGCUUAUAAUGAGCUUCCCAUUCCGACGGAUGUUUCAGUGGAAAUUGAUGACGAAAACACGAUAACAGUCAAUUUCACAGCUGUCAGAGAUCCCAAUGAUCAUUCGAAAAUCAUUGAGGAAUAUCGAGUCGAUCUUUCGCGCGGUGAGGACGCUUUGAAUGCGAGAUGGACGAGUUUCCAUUCAAAUCAACAACGAAAGAUUAUCGAUACGUCAAGUCAUAAAAUUUCAAUUGUAAUCAAUGGUUCAUUGUUACAGAAAAACUCGAAAUAUUGGAUACGGAUUCGAGCAAUUCUAUCGCGAAAGUCACAAAUGAUUCGUGGAACAUCGAAACCAAAACGUUUCUUUACGAGUGACAAACAAAAUUUUAUUUUAAGAUUU